UUUGGAAAGACUCAAAAGGAAGGGGGAGACUCUGGCGAGAAAGUAGCAGACUCAGCAUGUCCGAAUCGGUGCAGCAAAGUCGCCAGAAGUAUCGCGGAAGCAAGUUCUGGGAGGGGAGGCUGAAAUUGAGUACGAGCUGUACUGAAUGCCAUAGGAGGAAGCAGAAAUGUGACCAACAACAGCCAUGUAGACAGUGCGCCAGAAGGUACCCACAGCCAGAAUGCAUUUAUCGGGACGUGAAAAUACCGGCCAAUAAGCGAGAACACCCAUCUACCACUGUGAUCGCAACUCCUCUUGUGAGAAAGCCUGCUCUGGAGUCUGUGGGAGUCGAGGAAGUCACAGAGACGAAGGGCGCAACGAUCUCGAUCGCUACUUUACACCAGUUCGAUACUGCAGAGGGUUAUCAGCAAAUGUUAAGCUCUAUGGUCUCUCAAUUGCAGUGCAAUACACUUUCCGACCACCAGGUUGACCAAGAUACUGCCAGCCCCAAUUUGAGGGCCAAAUUUACUUGGGAAGGCGGCUCCAAUAACAGUGAAAGCCAAUGGCAGCUCCAAAAGUCAAGACGCAAAAAAAGCAGUGUAUCUCCCCACGAUAUAGCCAUCUCCUCCGUAGAUCCACUACACUUUCUUGGCAUCACGCCGACAACUCAGAAUGCAGGAUUGCUCCAUGCUUUCAUCAACAUCAUAACCAAAUACGUAUUUUCGAUUGAUGGAAAGCCAGGACCGAAUCAUUACAAUGACGUUUGGAUUCCCUGGGCAAUGAAAAGCCCACUGCUGGCCUACCUGGGAAUCUUCAGUUCGGCAUGCUACCAAGCAGAAGCCCAGAGAUCGUCUCCUGAAAAUGCAGCGCUUGCUCUAGGGUACAAGACCAAAUCACUUCGCCUUCUGAAUGAAAUGCUCAGUGAUCCAAAAUUGGCAACUUCCAACGAGGCGAUUGGUGCAGUGGUGAAUAUCAUGAUCACAGAAUGGUAUUGGAACAAUCACGAGGUCGUCAAACAGCAUAUGGAAGGGUUAGUUCAAAUAAUAAAAUUGAAGGGAGGUCUGGACGAGCUGGGACCAGGUCACUGUUUGCGAGAGAUGAUUUUGACUACCGAUUACUGCCUAUGUGUCACAUAUGAUUGGGAGCCAUUGUUUGAGCACCUAGUCAAAGACCCGUCCGAAUAUCCAGUCCACAUCAGCAUCCCGUUCAUUGACCCACCGUCAAGCUUUGUCGAAAUCGCAUCCCAGCUGAAAAUCAGCAAGGAAACAGCAAUCAUUCUUGAUGACAUGCGCUUUCUCUUUAAGACAACUGUGCACCAACUAGACGGCGAUGUUUCUGGGUUAGAGAAAGCUAAAAUCGCUUCAACAUCGACUUGGAUUCAGCAGAGAAUCUCCGAUAUGCCAGACGGAUCGCAAGGCCCUCUCCUCGUCCAGGACUUCAUCUACAAAUCCUGCCGCAUAGCAGCAUUGGUUUACUGUAACGCAAUUGUCUCUCACAUUCCUCUGUCGAAAGCCUGUUCGCUCACAGAUCUGAACCAACUUUGGGCCGUUAUGUGGCAAGUCAAAUUAUCACGAUGGAAGCAAAUCCCAGGUAUCUUUCUAUUCAUUAUGUUGGCUGCAGCGCCAGCAGCCCAGCAUACGCCCCAUGGUAGAUUUUUGAAGAAUAUGAUGAAAGCGACGGCUUUGAGUAUGAUGCUGGAUAGCUGGGAGGUGGUGGAUAAGAGUAUGUACACAUAUGUUAACUUGCAAAGGUGGUUGAGAAGGGGCAGCGAGGUAGCUAUGGGGUCGAGUACGCCAAAGGCUCUGGAGUUCUUGCAUUUUUAUCGAAUUUAAAAGUUUUGUGUGAGUGACAUUCAACGUUGGAAAGUGCAGUGUGUCAAAUGAGUAGAGUAGAGUAGAGUAGUGGGUCCUACUCAUACUUUACUCAGCCAAAAUAUGUCCUACUUAUACUCUACUCAAUACUCAUUGAAUGUGUAUCUAAGUAACUUAAGUAAUAAGUCACGUAUAAGCACGUAUCCUUAUAAGAGGAACCAGCG